AUGCCCAUCACCAACACGACCUUACAAGCUAGCGGUACCCAUCACCAGCACACGAACCCAGCAAAAGCCAGCGUACCCAUCACCAACACGACCUUACUGCACGACCCUUACAAACUAACGUUACCCAUCACCAGCGCGACAUUACAAGCCAGCACCUAUCACCAGCACGAACCAGCAAAAACCAGCAUUACCCAUCGCAGCACGAACGCCAAAAGCCAGCGUGCCAUCACCAGCACGACCGCCUGGCUAGCAUUACCCAUCACCAACACGACCAUACACAUGUCGGCAUUACCCAUCACCAACAAGACCCUUCAAGCCAGCACUACAUCACCAGCGACAUUACAAGAUAGCAUUACCUCCACCAGCGUUUACAAACCGCGUGCCAUCACCAGCAUGACCUUGCAAGCUACUGUCACCCAUCAACAGCACAUUGUACAUCACGACAACCCACAAGCCAGCAUUGCCAUCACCAGCACGACCUUACAAACCAGCAUUACCGUCACCAGCACGACCUUACAAGCCAGCAUUACCCAUCACCAGCACGACCUUACAAGCCAGCAUUGCCAUCACCAGCGCGACCUGGCAAGCAUUGCCAUCACCAGCACGACAUACAAAGCCAGCACUACCCAUCUGGCACGAUCUUACAAACCAGCAUUACCCAUCCUGCUUACGACCUUACAAAUAGCAUUGCCAUCACCAGCACGACCCCUUACCGACCAGCAUUACCCAUCACCAGCACGACCUUACCAAGCUGGCAUUACCCAUCCUGGCACGAUCUUACAAGCCGCAUUGCCUAUCACCAGCACGAUCUUACAAGCCAGCGUGCCCAUCACCAGCACGACCUUUACAAGCCAGCAUUACCCAUCACCAGCACGACCUUACAAGCCGGCAUUACCCAUCACCAGCACAACCUUACAAGCCAGCAUUACCAUCAGCACGACCUUACAAGCUAGCAUUACCCAUCACCGGCCACGAUCUUACAAGCCAGCAUUACCCAUCACCAGCGACCGCCUGAAAGCCAGCAUUGCCCAUCACCAGCACGACCUUACCAGCCAGCAUUACCCAUCACCAUACGACCUUACAAUGGCAUUACCCAUCGCCAGCACGAUCUUCAAGCCAGCAUUACCCAUCACCAGCACGACCUUACAACCAGCGUACCCAUCACCAGCACGUGUACCAAGCCAGCGUUACCCAUCACCAGCACGAUCGCACAAGCCAGCCAUUACCCAUCACCAGCACGACCUUACAAGCCAGCAUUACCCAUCACCAGCACGACCGCCUGAGCCAGCGUGCCAUCACCAGCACGACCUUACAAGCCAGCAUUACCCAUCACCAGCACACGACCUUACAAGCCAGCAUUACCCAUCACCAGCACGAUCUUACAAAGCCAGCGUACCCAUCACCAGCGACCGCCUGAAGCCAGCGUACCCAUCACCAGCACGAUCUUACAACCCAGCGUACCCAUCACCAGCACGACCUUCAAGCCAGCAUUAUAAUCACCAGCACGACCUUACAAGCCAGCAUUACCCAUCACCGGCACGACCUUACAAGCCAACGUGCCAUCACCGGCACGACCUUACAAGCCAGCAUUACCCAUCUGCCAGCACGAUCUUACAAGCCAGCGUUACCCAUCACCAACGCACGAUCUUACAAGCCAGCAUUACCCAUCACCAGCACGACCUUACAAACCAGCGUGCCCAUCACCAGCACGAUCUUACAGUAUUUACCCAUCACCAGCACGACCUUACAAGCCAGCGUGCCAUCACCAGCACGAUCACAAACCAGCAUUGCAUCCCAGCACGAUCUUACAAGCCAGCAUUACCCAUCACCAGCACGAUCUUCCAAGCCAGCGCCACAUCUCCAGCACGAGUCUUACCGACCCGGCAUUACCCGUCACCAGCACGAUCUUACAAACCGGCAUUGCCCAUCGCCAGCACGAUCUUACAAACCAGCGUUACCCAUCGCAGCACGAUCUUACAAGCGGCAUUACCCAUCUUCCGGCGCGAUCUUCCAAGCCAGCAUUACCCAUCACCGGCACGAUCUUCCCAACCCAACGUGCCCAUCACCAGCACGAUCUUACCAACCAGCAUUUACCCCAUCACCAGCACGAUCUUACAAGCCAGCAUUGCCCAUCACCAGCGCUGA